CCGUGCCUCGAGCAGUACUGAUUCUUCUCCUGCUGCUCUGCGGCAGUCCCGCGACGAGUUGUGACCAGAUCCAGCCUGCGGCUCAGCUUUGCCCAUUCGAGGCGGUGGCCAGCGCGGAGAAAACAUGCAGCGACUCCGGGGCAUUUUGCUGUGUCUGCUGCUGGCAGCGGCUGUUCCCACCACCCCGGCUCCUGCCCCAACAUCGACUUGGACGCCAGUGGAACCCGGCCCGGCUCUCAGCUACCCGCAGGAGGAAGCUACACUCAAUGAGAUGUUCCAAGAGGUAGAGGAGCUGAUGGAAGACACGCAGCACAAACUGCGCAGCGCAGUGGAGGAGAUGGAGGCAGAAGAGGCAGCUGCUAGAACAUCCUCUGAGGAGAACCUGUCAAGUUUACCUGGCAACUAUCACAAUGAGACCAACACAGAUGCCAGGGUCGGGAAUAACACCGUCCAUGUGCACCAAGAAAUUCACAAGACAACCAACAACCAGACUGGACAGGUGGUCUUUUCUGAGACAGUCAUUACAUCUGUAGGGGAUGAAGAAGGCAAGAGGAGCCACGAAUGUAUCAUUGAUGAGGACUGUGGGCCUACCAGGUACUGCCAGUUCUCCAGCUUCAAGUACACCUGCCAGCCUUGCCGGGACCAGCAGAUGCUAUGCACUCGAGACAGUGAGUGCUGUGGAGACCAGCUGUGUGUCUGGGGUUACUGCACCAAAAAGGCCACCAAAGGUAGCAACGGGACCAUCUGUGACAACCAGAGGGAUUGCCAGCCUGGCUUAUGCUGUGCCUUCCAAAAAGGCCUGCUGUUUCCUGUGUGCACAUUCCUGCCCGUGGAGGGGGAGUUCUGUCAUGACCCCACCAGCCAGCUGCUGGACCUCAUCACCUGGGAACUGGAGCCUGAAGGUGCUUUGGACCGAUGUCCCUGUGCCAGUGGACUCCUCUGCCAGCCUCACAGCCACAACCUGGUGUACGUGUGCAAACAAGCCUUCGUCAGUAGCCAAGACCAAAAUGAGGAGAGUCUGCUGCCCAGGGAGGCCCCUGAUGAGUAUGAAGAUGGUGGCUUCAUAGGGGAGGUGCGCCAUGAGCUGGAGGACCUGGAACGGAGCCUGGCCCAGGAGAUGGCAUUUGGGGAGUCCAUCCCUGAGGAGUCAUUGGGUAGGGAGUAGAUUUACACCCAGGCCCAGCUGAGCUGCUGUUAGAUGUGCAAUAGAAAUGGCUAAUUUAUUUCCCCAGGAGUGUCCUGUAGGUGUGGGGCUGACCAGGCAUUCUCCACAGCUCCUUCCCAGUAGCUUUUCCUCUGGCUUGACAAGGUUCAGUACAGUACAUUUGUUUCAGCUGUCCUGAUGCUCUGGUGCUGGGAAAGACAGACAUGGUGGAUGAGGGCAGCCAUGAGCCACCCCACACCAUUGCCAGACAUUCUGUUUUGUUCAUGGAAUGGAGAUUUGUUUGAAGGGAGAAGAUGGAAAGAGGUGGUUUGUCUAUGAUGGGUUUGGGGGACACACGGAGGAGGGUGCCUACCUUGCAAACAUGGACCUGGCAAAAUGCAGCCACUGCCUUUGUCCCAUGGCCCUUUCAUGGACCGAGGCCGGAGGCUGCACAGGAGCUAUGCUGCUCUUGUGGCCUCCCACACAUUCAUCCUUACAUCCUUUCAGCUCCUCCUACCUCAAUGUCAGUAUAGGCCUUCACACCCACACUGCACUCGCCACAGCCUGGGAGCAGAAGAGGGGGUUUCUCUCUAAGCCCAGUGCUCCGUCACUCACCCCAUCACUGGCCUCAGCACCACCCACAGUUCUUCCAAAAGGAGGGGAGUGAAAUCCUUUUUUUUUUUUACAGAUUUGAGGCAUGCCAGUCAGCAUGUCCCUCUAAGGUUAGAAAUAGCAGGGUGGAGGCCAGUGGUGUGGACAUUGUCUCUGCCGUUUGCUUCAAUAACUGAAAGUCAGAAAGUGGAGGGCCAUUUGUGCAAAUUAACUCAGAGGAAGGAUACUUGGGUAAUUGUAGGGCCAGGGUUAAAAUGAAGUUUGCAAAGUCACUUAACAGCAACAGAAGGCCUUUCUCAAUAGCACACAGGCUGUGUGAAGUAUGGCUGUGAUAUCCAGACAGAAGGCUGGGCUGGGCAUAAGGCCUCAGGUGCCAGGAACUGUUUCCAUCCUGUGUUCACCUUGAGGUAUUAAAUUUUAAAGUUGCACACAGUUGUAUAAGCAUGCUUUCUUCUGACUUUAAAUUAUGUAUAAACACGUGUGUUGUACUUAAAGAUCAUGCAUAAAUCACUUUGGAUACUCUUUAAUAAAUCUUGAUCUUUUUUCUUUGACUUUCAAUAAAUAUAACCCCCCUUCAUCCAGAACAAUAAACAAUCUAGUAUAAAGAGACAAAAAAAAAAAAAAAUAUUUCCGUAGAAGCAGAUUUUCCAGGCAUCUGGAGUUCAUCUCUUUUAGAAUAUGUUGGAACUCUUAUCCGUGUCUGGAUGGGAAUUAGUUUUAAGAGAGAAAAUACUUGCCUGCCUCCUGAAGGAACAAAUGGAAUAUUCGAGUCUUCUCUUGGAGGCUUUCUGUAAUCAAAUACAGUUCCAGGCUUUUGUUAGCAUUGUUACUCUAAUGAAAUAUCUGAGGUGAUUAAUUUAUAUAUUUAAAAAUGUUUAUUUUGGUUCAUCAUUUCAAGUUUCAGUCAUGAUGCUGUUGCUUUGAAACCGUGGAGAAGCAGCACAUGGCAGAGGCAUGUGAUAGGGUCAAGCUGUUCCCUUCCUGGCUGAAAGGGGAAGAGAGGAGCAUACAGUCUUGUUAAGGGUACAACCCUCCCCCAGGACUUGAAGCCUUCUCACAAGGUCCCACCCCUCAAGGGUAGAAGGCUCUGUCACAUUGGUUUUGGUUACUCUUCUUCGUUCUGUGACCAAAUGUUUGACGAGAAGCAACCUGAGGGAUGAGGGUUCAGUUUGCAGCAGGGAAGGCACAGGGGAGAGAGUGGGACUGCUUCCUACAGGGGCCAGGAAGCAGAGAAAGGGCAAUGCCAGGGUUGGCUCUCUCCUUCCCCCCUUUUUAUUUAUUCUGGGGCCCCAGGCCACGGGGUGGUGCCACCCACAAUAAGGGCAAGUUUUUCUUCCUCCGCUGUAACUCUCUGGGAACUCCUUGCCUCAUAGACACAUGCAGAAGUGUCUCCUAAAUGAUUCAAAAUCCAUUUGGUUUCAAGACAUGGAAUUGCAAUCUAUGUCAUAACUCUUCCAUAUAGAACUUUGUACCACUUAAAGCCUUUGAUUCUCUAAUCUGAAGAUAUCACAGUAAAGAAAUGUGAACAUUUAGAAAAACAAUAAAUGUAAGUACUUGAUAAAGUCA